GGAGCGAGCGCGGGAGGAGGCGGCGGCGGCGCCCGCGCUGUGGCUGGAGCGGCGGCCGCGGGGGGCGGGGGUCUCGGUGCAGGGAACAGCCGGCCUCCUCGCCCCAGCCGCGGGGAGGAGGGACGCCGAGGAGGGGGAAGGGGCGAGCGGAGCGCCGCGCCGCGUCGCCCGCUCCCCUUUAGGACCGCGCCGCCGAGCGACCGCCGCCGCCGCCGCCGGCGGGGAGGAAGGGGCGAGUCUCCCCCGAGCCUUCAUUCGCCCCGCGGCUUCCCUCCCUAGGCCCGGUGCCGGAGGGGGGGGGGGGGGGGCGCGCGGACCCCCGCAGGUCCCCCUCAGGCUCGGGCUCGGCGGUGCCCGGGGCGGGUGUUGGUGACUUCACAGUCAUUUAGGGGUUUAGUUCUGAGGAAGUAGAGACACGAGGAUCGAGUCUAUUUUACGUAGAAAGCUACAGCUCUUCAUCAGUACUCUUCUUCCUCCUUCCCAUCCCUCCUCCCCCGUAGGGGAGGACAAUUUGGGAAUUACUUUAACAGUCAUUUACUCCCCCUUUCCCCCCUCAGAAAUCUACCUUGGUCCCCGAGGCAUCCGCUAGACAUUGCCCGUUAUAGGACCAGGAAAACGUUAUCAUCAUCAUCCCUUGCUUGCUUUGGGAGCUUCAGUAGCACCCUCCCCUCCCUCGGAGUGCAGUGCAGAGAGGCAUCCAGCAGACUUCCUUGCCACCCUUUUUGGGUGGGUAGUGGAGGAUCCAGGAAAAGGGGAACCCAGCGAGGCACGUGACCUCCUUACCGGAGCCAGAACUGAAGCAGCACUUGGCACGCCGAAGGAAGCACCCAUCUUUGGCGUCUUUUUCGUCUUCCGCUCCGUCCUCACCAAAUUUGUGAAGUUCCAUUGAAAGGAAACCUUGAAGGCUGCAAGACAAGUCCAAGAUGUGCAGUUCAGUUGCUCCCAGGCUGUGGUUCUUAACAGACCGUCGCAUCAGAGAAGAUUACCCUCAGCAGGAGAUCCUGAGAGCGCUGAAGGCCAAGUGCUGUGAAGAGGAGCUAGAUUUCCGGGCCUUGGUGAUGGAUGAAGUGGUGCUGACCAUUGAGGAUGGAAAUCUUGGUCUCCGGGUGAAUGGGGAGCUCAUUACUGCUUACCCGCAAGUGGUGGUUGUGCGUGUACCAACACCUUGGGUCCAGAGUGACAGUGAUAUCACAGUCCUUCGCCACUUAGAGAAGAUGGGCUGUCGAUUGAUGAAUCGUCCCCAAGCCAUCCUCAACUGUGUCAACAAGUUCUGGACAUUUCAAGAACUUGCUGGUCAUGGUGUGCCUCUUCCAGACACUUUUUCAUAUGGUGGUCAUGAGAAUUUUGCCAAAAUGAUUGAUGAGGCGGAAGUGCUGGAGUUCCCUAUGGUGGUGAAGAACACGCGGGGUCACCGAGGUAAAGCUGUGUUCCUGGCACGAGACAAGCACCAUUUGGCAGACCUAAGCCAUUUGAUUCGUCAUGAUGCCCCUUACUUAUUUCAAAAAUACGUUAAAGAGUCCCAUGGCAAGGAUGUACGUGUCAUCGUAGUAGGAGGCCGUGUGGUGGGCACCAUGCUCCGCUGCUCAACAGAUGGGAGGAUGCAGAGUAACUGCUCACUUGGUGGCGUAGGGAUGAUGUGCUCACUGAGUGAACAAGGCAAGCAGUUGGCAGUCCAAGUGUCAAACAUCCUGGGGAUGGACGUGUGUGGCAUUGACCUGCUGAUGAAGGACGACGGUUCAUUCUACGUCUGCGAGGCCAAUGCAAAUGUAGGUUUCAUUGCCUUUGACAAGGCUUGUAAUCUAGAUGUAGCUGGUAUCAUAGCGGACUAUGCCGCUUCUCUCCUUACCCCCGGUCGCUUGACGCGGCGCAUGUCCUUGCUCUCUGUGGUGUCCACGGCAAGCGAGACUAGCGAGCCAGAGCUGGGCCCUCCAGCUAGUGCCGCUGUCGACAAUAUGAGUGCUAGCUCCAGCUCUGUCGACAGCGACCCUGAGACCACGGAGAGAGAGUUGCUCACCAAGCUCCCGGGGGCUCUAUUCAACAUGAACCAGCUAUUAGCCAAUGAGAUCAAACUUCUGGUGGAGUGAUGCCACAUGUAAAUAGAUGACCAACAGAACUCUCUCUUGUAAAUUUUUUUUUUUAAACCAACUUGCAAUGCUGUUUAUCAGAGAAGCUCAGAGGAAUGAGGAAAGGGGGGGUAUGUGUCAAUCAAGAGAGCAAGAGUGAAAGGCACACGUGCUGUGGUUGCUGCCCUUUUUUGCAGAACAUAAAAUUGUGUUCAUUCUUCAGCAUCAGUUUUCUAAUGAAGAUGCUCAGUUCACAGCCUAAGUGGGAAUUUUAUUUGGAUGCUGCUUUGGUCCCCAGACGUAUUGCAGUUCAUGUGUGUUCACAGGCAAGCAUUGAAGCAUGAUUCACACUUGGAAGAUUUUCGGAAAGCUGUCUGGCAGCUCUCUAGAAACUUCUGUGAAUUACUGCACCAGUUAAGUCUUUUCUACCUCUGUAAGGCUUGAUCCUGUAAACUGCCGAGUGCCUCAAUUUCUCAACGUGAGUUGAAGGUGUUAAAUACCAGGUUUUUAAAGUUCUGGACACCUACUGUUCCUGCUGCUGUAGAUGGGAGCUGUAAGUUCAGGAUCCUUUGAGAGUCACCACUUUCUGACCUUGCAGGAUUAUGGCCUUUCAAAUGAUGAGGCUGAGAGAAGUGUCAGUUGACUUAACGUGAGCUUUCUGUACAAAUCUGUAAUUUGUGCCAUCUUGGUAUUAAUUGGCAGCUUUGUGUCUAUAUUUCUUUAUAAAGUUCUUCUCAUUUCAAAUCCUAAUUUUGGAAGGUAUGUAGGGGGUUUGGGGAUUGGUCAUAUUCUAUUUGUGGCAGAAGUGGCACGUUUUAACUAUUUUUUGCAUGAUUGGAGGAGAUAAACAGCACUGUAAUGUUUGGUAUACAAAUGUUUAAUCCAAUGUGAAAAAGAAUUACACUAGUUUAAAGCAAACGUGCAUCGACUUGUAUUUGUUAGUGUUUUAGUCUUUUUGAGAGAGAUCUGCAAUGUUAAUGUUCCUUUUUCUUUAAUACAUGCUAGUCCAACACUCCCUUCUCUAUGCCUGCAUCUUUAACAGUGGCCAAAGUGACAACACUGCAGACGUAUUUGUAAAGAAAACACUGAGUUAAAGCCUGUACAUUGGUGGGGUGGUGGGUUUUUCUGGGUUUUUCUAUUUGUUUGUUUUUAUUUUUUGCUUUUUUGGGGGGGGAAACGUGGUAAGGUAUGGAGGAUGGAAAAGUUGGUUAAAAGUGAUUAAAUAUCUAGAGGUACUUUAUGCUAAAGCUGCAGUUCAUACAAUACUUACCAGGCUUACUUUUUCCCCACUGAACAUAAAAGCUGAUGUUGGCAGAAAUCCAAAGAGUAUAACUGGGGAGAAAUACUCAAUUCUUAGCUUUGGGAAACAUGCAGCAGAUUUAAAGAAGAAAAAUUUAAAAAAAAAAAAAAAGGGAAAAAAGAAGGAAAAAAAAAAAAAAAAGAGAGCUCAGCCAGAAUAAAAAAAAAUAAAAUAUAUAACCUAGGUCCACAAACAAUUAAAAAAUUAAUCCUGGACCCUUAUGUGUGUGUGGUGUGAGUGCACACACUUGUGUGUGUUUGUGUGUGCGCAUUUGCUUUGCUUUAUUUCUUUUUGGGUUUUGGCUGUUUAGCUCCUAAUUUUUUUCCAGGCUGCCUGAUUUUCCUUAGUCCUUCUGGCUGUGCAUUUUCUCAUUAGCCUUGAGCUGUUUUGGAAAACAGAUAACCAAAACAGAUACUGAGUCCAUUUUUCAGUCCCUAUCUUCCCCCUUCUUUUCCUCCUCCUCCUUCUCCUCCCUCCCUUUUCAUUCCUUUCUCAUUCUCUGGGUUCAUAAAGCCCUGGAAUUAUAGAUAUAUAUAUAUAUAAAAAGAUAAGCCUCUUUUUUUAAAAACAAAAAGUAAAACGUUUACAAUUGAAAAAUAAUCUUGUGAAAAUAGGGUUUGUUUGGAGGGGGGUUGUGUGUGUGCAAUGCUGCUGUUUUCUGGAUACUUUAAUGGAGCAUGUCCCAUGUACCCUCUGAAGCUCUGCACUGCCCACCUCUGUGGCCCUUCCUCACCUCUCUGCUGCUCUGCUGUUUUAUCUUCACUUGGACCUUAAACACAACUCACGGACACUAUGCAGAGAGUCUUCAAGAGGCAAUAAACAGAACAGUAUUAACCUGCUUUAUGGAGGUUUGAUCAUGCUUCUUUGUACAGUUUGGUUUUUUUAUUUUAAAAGGAAUGUAAUAAAAUGGCUUUUUUUUGUAGAAUUAAAUAUUAUUAUUAAAAUCAAGUGAAAGGUUGACUGUUGGUGUUAAGCAGGAGAGUGGACCACCUGGUCCAGCAACAAAAGGAGCUUCAGCAGUAAAGGUAUUUUCAAAUCUUUCUUCCUGAGCCUUCAAGCGCACAGGUUAUACCUGAAGAAUAUAAAGGUCUUUAACUUCCAUGAAGAGUUGCAGAACCGCAGAACAUGAAAGAAACCUAAUUUGAUAGUCACUGAGCAGUAAACUGUCUCUUCCAGAGGCUCUUCUCCCCUUGCUUGUUUAAGGGGAAUUUGGGUGGUGGUGUGGUUUGGGGUUUUAUUUGGGUGGGUGUUUUGUUUGGUUUUUUUUUUUGUUUAGUUUUUUUUUGUUCAUUUGUUUUUUCUUUUAGUUUUUUUACUGGUAGGUGCCUGCACUCUUUGAGAGGCUGAUAGUGUCAAUCCUUCCCUUUUCAGCUGUGGCACACAUUGAGCACAUGUGGAAUAACAGCAGGGAGUAAACAUGUGCUAGUUGGUAUAGUGGGACCUCUGUAUUUCUAUCACAGGAAAUAUCUUUUAGAGGAAAGAGCUAGUAACUGAAAAUUCUGGACUGAUUUUUGAGUCUCCAUGGUACUUUGUGGCUCACAGGAACUUUACAUUUCUAUCACCCUUUCAGAAUGUCCAGUUUACACCUCACAGUAGUAAAAUUUGUGAAGUAAACAUCAGAUUUUUUGAAAGACAAACAGUGGAUUGAGAGAUUUACAGUUUGGCUCCUUUGGCAUAAGAUGCUCCUCUGUGAUUGGUGCUUCCAUUUGUAGUUUGGAGAUAAGUCUAUGCAUGGUGAUCAGGGAGGGAGACAGGAUUUGAAACAUCAUGUACAUUUGUUUGGGCACUGGGUAUUGAUACUGUAUGAAAACCUCGGUUGAGGGUUCAUUGGUACAAAUGGGCACACUUGUCUCAUGUAUUUACUCCCUACUUAUCCAUUGCUCCUGAAAUAGUGAAAUGUAUAGAAUGGGCUGGGGGUGCGAGGGGAGUGUCUUGUUUUUACUUAAAGGAAAAAAAAGCCAACAAAUGAAGCCUGUGGCAACCGGGCAGUGUUUCUCAUUGAAGGUGAACUUUACAGACAUCAGCUUUAUACACUGUAUUUCCUUCAGUUCUGUAUGGUGAAAAACACAUGCUAAACUUUCAUACAGUUGCACUACCACUACCUCCGUAUGUGGGUUUGGAAGCAUGUGCUGAAAAAAUGGUCAAUGUAGUGCUGGAUUACAAUAGUACUAAUACAGCUGAUGGUGAUAAAGCUAUUUUUGUAUAUUUUAAUGUUUGAAAGAGCCAGUUAGAAACUCUUGUUUGCAAGAAUAAGUCUCCUAAACUACAUCUGAUGAAAUUUUGUUCUUUGUAACACGGCAGAUUUUUUUUCUGUUCAACUUGCCACGUUUAUGAUGUUGAUGUCUUGCUAUGUCAAUGUACGGAUUGUAUCUCAAGCCUUGUAUUUAAUGCUUUAAUGUGUUUUAUAAAAUCUUUUCUUGAAAUGUUA